AUGGAGGAAGACAGCACUACAGAGGAUGAUUUUCCUGGAAAGCUUUUACAUCAGGCUGCUUUAUGGGAUAAUUAUGAACUUUUGGAAGAUUUGUUAAAGGGUGAACAAAAGGGUCACUUAAAUAGUAAAGAUUCUUGGGGAAGAACUCCCUUGCAUGCAGCUGCACUUACAGAAAAUUCUAAAUGCCUUGAAGUUUUAUUAAAAUCUGGAGCCAACCCUGACAUUCCAUCAGGUUCAAAAGGAGAACUGAGGACUGCACUACACAUUAGUGCCGAAUGUGGUCACAUGAAGAACGUUAAACUUUUACUGAAAUAUGGUGCUAAAUUGACUGCCAAAGAUAAAUUAGGUUUGACACCAUUAGAUUUGGCAGAAAGAAGUGAACAAAAAGAAUGUGUUCCUUUUUUACAAGAAGAAGCUAAUAAAAAAGAAGAAUACAAAAUACAAUUACACAUGUUAUUGAGAGAAGCAUGCUUGUCAAAAGAUCUUGACAAAGUUAAAUCAUUACUUAAAGAUACAGAUUUAGAUUUAAAAGAAAUAACCAAUUUUGCUCCUAAUGGAUCUAAUACUCUACUAUAUUUAUGUACUGAAGUCAACCAUAAGGAUUUAAUUACACUAUUACUGGAGCAUGGGGCUGAUGGAAGAUAUCAUCCUGUCACUAAAUAUUCUCCUUUGUAUAUUGCCUGUUAUAAUGGUUACACCGAGUGUGCUGAAAUUUUAUUAAAAAAAUUUCCUGCUUUGGCCAAUCAUUGGACUGUAGAAAAAUGGCUGCCUAUACAUGCCGCUUGUAUUGGUGGUCAUGUCAAAGUUUUGGAGCUAUUGUUAAACUUUGAUUAUCCUCAAGAAUUUCUAGUCAAAUAUUGUGGUGAAUGGGAAUAUGAAAUGCCCUUUGAUAUUAACAUGAAAGAUGCGAACGGACAAACAGUAUUAUAUUUAGCUAGUCUCUUGGGAAAUUAUCCAAUGGUAGAAGCUUUACUAAAAUUUAAAAUUAAAGCUGUGAAAAUAAAAAAAAAAAAUCAGAAAUCGUGUUCUGAAAAUGAAAAAAAUUUAGAAACCUUAAAUAAAAAAAGAAUUUCUGGAGGGAUUCAAAAUAUUAUGUAUCGAUUGAAUCUGCAAAGUAAAUUUGAAUUCGACAGGAAAAAAGAAACGGAAAAAUUUAUUAAUCCUAUUAUUCUCGAUAGCUAUUGUUCCGAUGCUUUUGACACUGCAUUACAUGUUGCUAUAAAAAAUAAACAUCGAGAAAUUUCUCUGCUAUUACUCAAAUCAGGAGCUGAUCCAAAUCUUUCAACAUUGAGGACAUCCAGAAUUAGAGAUGAUGAAAAUAUAAGUAAUAGUUGUUUGGAAGAAGCUUGUAAGAAAAGAGAUAUUAUUUUAAUAGAUGCGCUAUUGAAACAUGGAGCAAGAGAUGAAAAUUCAACAGCUUUAAAAAUUGCUGUUGAUAAUAAGGACGACACGUUAAUGUCGAAAUUGCUCGCAAUAAGGGCAUAUCCUGAUCCGGAUUAUAAAUUAAACAAGAAAGCAAUGACUGAACAAUUACCAAAUCAAGGUCUUGUCUCAUCUGCUACUCUCACUUAUAGUUCUGUUUUUCCUAAUACCCCGGUAAUGAUAAAUUGGCAUGGAACUAAAUGUCACCUUACCGAAGUCAAAUUGAUUUGGCUGGUAGAAGCAGCACUACAUAUUAAUCCAAAAUUGAAGCUUAAUCCAAAAAAUUUAGAUGUUGUACUCUUUGCAAUUACGCGACUCGAUUUAAGCAAUAACGCUUUAACUACUUUACCUCUUUCAGUUUUUCAACUACCUAGUUUGAGGUAUCUUAAUUUAUCUCAGAACAAAUUAGAAAAGUUACCCGGAGAUGAUUAUGUUGUUAAAGAAUCUCCCGGCGCAAAAAAAACUAAAUACAAUCUUCCAGUAAUUGAAGAAAUAUGUUGUCAAAAUAAUCGAUUAGAAACUGUUCCCGAGCAAAUUUUCACUCUCUCAUCAUUGACGUCAUUAGAUUUAUCAAAUAAUAAAUUACAAAAAAUGCCUGCCAAUAUGUGGACGGCUCCCCAACUGAAAGAAUUGAAUGUUUCUUUGAAUUUGCUCAAAGAUCUACCUUCAAAUAUUAAUUUAUCUGGAUUAAAAUUUGAUUCUUCUUCCAAGACUAAAAAUCUACCAGAUUCAAAAUCCACCGAAAAAUUUGUUCCUUGCGAUGUUUUCGAAAAGAAAAAUACCAACUAUAACGAAAACAUUUUUUAUGGUAAAUCCAUCGUCAUGAAAGAAUUAAAACAUGCCAACAUUUGGAAUUCAGCGGUAAAUAUUACAGAGCGAAUUAUAACAGAAGAAUGCGAGCAAAAUUGUUCUCAGUUGACCUCCUUAAAUUUGGCACAUAAUUCAUUCGAUUCCGUUCCUCCUAUGUUAGCUUGCAUAGCAGUCAAUUUAUUGAAACUUAACAUGUCCUACAAUAGGUUAAAAUCAAUGGGACACAUUAUAUCAUUUCCAUACUCACUAAAACAAUUGGAUUUAUCGAAUAAUUGCAUUUCGAAUUGGUUCGAUUUAAAUUUAUCGGAAUCCGAAGAAGAAUCGUACAACAUGUGUUUUUCCAAUGAGUCUUUCAAAGGAACCAAAUUAAUUUCGAACUCUCAUAAUAGUACCGGUCAUCGAUUAAUGAAUAAUUUAUGUCCUCACAGGAGGCAUUUAAAAUUGGAUAAUUUGAGAACUCUUAUUCUGGCCAAUAAUAAUUUAGAAAAAAUUUGUUUGACCUCGGAAAAAGAUUUCAGCGACAGUGAAGAUGGGCAUUGGGAAACGGUUGGCGUUUGUGGAAAUAUAAAAAAUAAAUUUUUAUUUCCAUGUUUAAGCAUGUUAGAUUUAAGUAAUAAUUUAUUAAAAGAAAUUUCGCAUAAUAUUCACGAACUGACAAACCUCUCGGUUCUAAAUAUAAGUGGAAACGUUGAAAUUACCGAGUUACCACCUCAAAUGGGUUUAUUAUCAAGAUUGUGGAAUUUGAACACGGCUGGAUGUAAUUUACAAGAGCCAUUAAGAUCAAUGAUCGAGUCCAAAAAGUACAAAACAAUGGACGUGAUUGGAUACUUGAAAAGUAUUUUGGAAGACGCACGUCCUUAUGCGCGUAUAAAAUUGAUGAUUGUCGGAGUGCAGGGUAUAGGAAAAACGAGCCUUUUAGAACAAUUACGUCAGGAAGGAUUAAGUUAUAAAAGGAAACCUCACGAUCAUUGGGUGAAAAGAAUGGGUAGUAAAAACAUCAAUGCGAAAAAUUUUAGAGGCGUGAAUAUGUCAACCGUGGGAGUCGAUAUUGGCGUUUGGGUAUACGAUAAAAAAGGGAAAACUCAAUCUAAAGGUCCCGUGAUAUUCAGGACUUGGGAUUUUGGCGGUCAGAAAGAAUAUUACGCUACUCAUCAGUAUUUUUUAUCGAAAAGAAGUUUGUACCUUGUCGUUUGGAAAAUAUCGGACGGGAAAAAGGGAAUAAGGGAAAUUAGACAGUGGUUGGUUAAUAUACAAGCUCGAGCACCAAAUUCUCCAGUGUUGAUCGUUGGAACUCAUUACGAUGAAAUGAUCGAAAAAAGUCUUUUACAUCUGAGUGAAGAUUUACAGCAAAUUAUUCGUAAUAAGUUUAUUAAUAUAGUGGACGCCGAAAAAUGCGGGUUGCCUCGUGUACUAGAUACAGUUGAAGUCAGUUGCAGGAAUCGACAUAAUAUUAAAUAUUUAUGUAAUCUUAUAUAUGACACCGUUUACAGCUUAAAGCAUCCAGGAGGUAAAGAAUUACUUCUUGAACAACGCGUGCCUGCUAGCUAUCUCGCUCUUGAAGAUGUCGUUAUUCAUUUGGCUGCUGAAAGACGAGCCAACGGAACUGAUCCCGUUUUAAAUUCAGAGCAGUAUAAAACCGUUGUCGAAACGGAAAUGCAGUAUCGAUAUCAUAAAUCUUUUAGAGAUUGGCCAGAACUAUAUCAAGCAACUUUAUUUCUUCAUGAAAAUGGUGUCUUACUUCAUUAUGAAGAUUCAACGUUAAGAAAUUUAUAUUUUUUGGAUCCUCAAUGGCUUUGUGAUAUGCUUGCUCACGUGGUGACCAUACGUGAAAUUAAUCCUUUUGCCAGAACAGGAAUUAUGAAAUUGUCCGAUUUAAAACAUAUCUUUAAAUCAUCGAGCGUGAGCAGUACAGAUACCAGGAGCUACAUAGUCAGUCUUCUCAAUAAAUUUGAAGUUGCUUUAACAUGGGACAAUUGUUCUUUGCUCAUUCCUUCUUUGUUGCCUUCUGAAGAGGAUUUCAACACUCCCUUUUCUUCCGCAGUUAGAGUAAAAAUUCCUGUCAGAUCAAGAGGAUGGGCGGUGAGAGCAAAAAAAUUGACAGUUUCAACUUCUUCUACUUUAGUAGGAAGUUCUUUGUAUUCAACGAUCGGAGAUCGAACUUUUCCUCAUGUGCAAGACUCUUCUCACUUGGUAUCUCCAGGAAGAGAUGAUACUCAAAAAGAAAUCACGCCUGAAUUUGAAAUCAUAGUAGAGCGUCAUCCAGAAAAGACGAUUUGUAGAUUCCUGUUUAUGAGUUACUUUCCUUCUGGAUUUUGGUCUCGUUUAAUUACUCGGAUGUUGGCAGAUGAUGCCAUUAUUGAAAUAGUUCGAGGUUAUUUUUCGAUGCCUAAAGAAAUGAAAACAGAUUUCCGAUUGGCCAAGUGGUUGGACAUUCGCACAGAAUGGAUACUAUGGCAAACAGGAAUGUCUUUGCAAUACGGUUCUAUUACUUUAUUUAAAAUGAAAGAAAUAUUACCGGGAUCCAAAUCGGUUACUAAUGAUAAUAGAAAUUUUAAGUUUCGUCUUCAACAGGAAGGAUCGUGGCUGGACAUGGAUCUCUCUAAUUCUUCAAUUUUAGAAAUUAAUUUUCCUUUCGAUUCCGUUAUUGUUAAACAAAUUAAAGGAAUCGAUAACACGCAAAUUGUAAAUUUACAUCCCAAUCCAGAACAUGUGGCUAAACUAUUGGCCUUAACUGUGGAUCACAUUGACAUUCUACUGGAAGAUUGGUAUCCGACUUUGGGAACAAGAUUUGUGCAUACAUCAGAGGGAAAAUUUUUAGUGACGCGUUUAAUACCUUGUCCGAGGUGUUGGUCAGAGAACAACGAAAAAUUUACUAGUAAUUACAAUGAAAUAUAUCAAAACGUUGAUGAGUGUAUUGAAAAUGAUUUGGAUAUUCGCAAAAAAUGGCGUUCGCAGGAAAGCAUGACCUCUGAUGUAGACUCAGGCGUAGGAGCCGAAAGUUUCUCUUCUAGUAGAAAACCAUCCAUGGAUGAUCAUCCGGAUAUAGGUGAAGAAGUUUUCAAAAACGAAAGUGUUCCGGUAUUCAGUUGGAUGGUUGAGGAAUGCAUUUUAGCAGCUUGCAAAAGCAAUUUUGUGUUGUGUCCAUCUCACGGAGAAACAAAUUUAGCGAACAUAGCUCCCGAUGUUAUAUUUUUAGAUUUGGGGGAAAAGCAUUUAAUCAAAAGUGAAAAUAUAAAUAAGGGGUCUUUAUUGGGUAGGGGAGCUUUUGGUUUUGUUUUUAAAGGUACGUGUAAAAUCCGCGGACCCCAAGAAGAAGCUGACGUGGCCUUAAAAAUGUUACAACCGGUGCAGCCUGGUGUAAAUGCCAGGCACUCAGCAAUUAUGGCUUUUAAAGUAGCUUUAAGUAAAUGGGACCGAGAUCCAUUGCAAUAUGCUUGUAAAGCUUAUUGCACAGCACGUCAGGAACUAAAUAUUUUACUUAACCUGCGUCAUUCAAAUAUUAUACCUCUUAUUGGAGUUUGCCCCCGUCCUUUGGCUUUAAUACUAGAUUUAGCUCCCCAAGGAGCUUUGGAUGCAGUUUUAAAAAAUUACCGAAGAUCUGGGGCAAAGUUAAUAUCGAGCAGCUUACAAGAAAUCAUUCUUCAAGUAGCAAAAGCCAUUGAAUACCUUCAUCAGCAACAUAUUAUUUACAGAGAUUUAAAGUCGGAAAAUGUUUUGGUUUGGAAUUUACCUUCUCCCUUUCAGAAAAAUUCAGCAUCGGUUCAUGUAAAAUUGGCUGAUUAUGGAAUCAGUCGGUUGACUUUGCCUUCUGGCAGCAAAGGUUUUGGAGGUACUGAAGGAUUUAUGGCACCAGAAAUUAUGAAAUACAAUGGAGAAGAGGAAUAUACGGAGAAAGUAGAUUGUUUUUCAUUUGGAAUGUUUAUCUACGAAUUACUUACUCUUCAUCAACCUUUUGAAGGUUACGAAUCUGUUAAAGAGUGCAUUUUAGAAGGAGGCAGACCUCCUUUAACAUCCCACGAAACAUUAUACCCCAGUGGUAUUUUGGAUUUAAUGGUAUUAUGUUGGGCGCAGAGACCCACAGACCGACCCUCCGCUAGUCAAAUUGUUUCCAUUGCUUCUUCUCCUGAAUUUAUACAAUUAUAUGAUUGCGUUGCUUUAGACUACUUAGAAAAAGUCAAUGCUGCUGUUUCGAAAAUAAUUAUAAAUGCAGAUGAUAAUAUUUAUCACGGGGAGUUUUGGGUUGCCGGAGAUUCACGCUUGGAUUUACUCACAACUUCUCAAUGCGGUUGGGAUAUUUAUGGUACGGUGCCGUUGAGCACACCAGCAACAGCUUUAAAUAUUAUUAACGAAGAAAUUUGGAUCGGAGAUUCAAAAGGUGUUGUUUAUGCUUACCAAAAGAAAAAUUUUACUAAUAUUUGGAAAUACGAAUUGGGAGAUGCUCCAAUCGUGGCCAUUUUGUUUCUCGCGGAAUUAAAUAGGGUAGCUAUAGGACUGAGUAACGGGAGGUUAUUUUUGGUUAGAAGCGAUGUUUCACCCUCUAGUGCAACAAUGGCGGAAGGUAGUUUUGUAAUGACCGAACUGGGUAGCAGUGAAAAUUUAUUUUCAUUAGCUCAUAUUCAAACCGAUACUCACGCUUGUGAGGUAUGGGUUGGAGAAGCUUCCGGUUAUAUAUCUAUUUUCACAAUCAGAGAAGAGAUUGUUACCGGUCACGAUUGCGUCAAUCAUUAUAACCCAAUAAUUGAGAAAAUCGAUAGAGUAGAGGUAGUUUCUUCUCAAAGUUUUGGAGUGUGUUCAUACGUAUAUCCAGGUUGCGUCGUUUAUCAAUGGGAUACUGAAACCAGGGAAAUAACGGCGACUUUAGAUUGUACCAAACUUGUUCCCUGUUCAGAAAGUUUAAAACCUCUGACAAUAGAAGAUCUUGCGGAAAAGUGUCAAGUGUCCGCCGUUUCAAUAUUUCAAAAUUUUGUUUAUGUUGGUACGACUUGGGGAUGCGUGAUUGUGGCGGAAAGAUUAUGUUUGUAUCCUCUAAUGGUGUUUCGACCUUUUGAAGAAGAAGUUCGAUUCAUAUCACCUUUGAUUGCACUUAACGAUGAUAAUUGUAACAGAAAUGAAAUAAUUUUGGUGGGAAGGGGUUACCGAAGUUUGUCUGCCAGAAAUACAGAUAUGGUGUUGACACCAAAUCAAUUUUCUCCUUCCCAUAACAAGAAACCAAACGUUCAUUUACUUCUAUGGACACACUUUCAAUAG